AUGGGGAAUUUGCGGAAAGCCAUGGGCUACCGUGGUCGCGGAGAGUACGCGGGAUUGGAAGGGGAGAGUUCGGGAAUGGUUUUAGGUGGGGGGGAGGUGGUUGGGGGUUUGGAUGGUGAAUUCAGCUACGGGAAUGGCGGCGGGAAUGGCGCGCGGUCGCGGCCGCAGCAGCAGCGGCGGGAGCACGUGUGCUGGACGUCGUCGGGAGACUACUCCUCCCCUUCGCCCCCAGGAGUCACCAUUCACGGGCGCGGCUGCGGCGCGUGCGUCCGCGGGCAGCGCUGCUCGUUCCGCCUGUCCGUGCGCGCGCCCGCGCGAUGGGAUAAAGGCGUGCUGCUGAGGCGGAAGCGCGGGUGGUGGAAGCGCGACGUGACGGUUACCAUGCGCGGACCCGCCAUGGGCGCGGGGGACGUGCGCUGCCUUGACCCCCCGCGCUGCAGGGAGAUGCGAGUGACUUACAGGCUGUGGGAUGGAGGAGAGUACUUGGCCACUAUGCACAUAGGCUGUGCGAACCUCCGCUUCUCACCGCACUACUAUCUGCACCUCAACAAGACAGCUCAGCACGACCUCGUCUCCUGGCCUCUCACCGUUCUGCCCCGCACUGCACCCAACUCCACCGCACACGCACAGCAACCCCACCUCUCCCUUCCCCACCUCCAACCGCCAGCAGCACAGACAAACCCUCCCACAGGCAGCCUGUCCCGAGCCUACCCCGAACCAGACUCCGAGCUUCCCAAAAGCCCCUGCCUCGGGGCAUCGGUUCAGGCUCGGUGGAGGAUGAGAAACGGUCUGUACCGCUGGGAACCGUUCCUCUGCGCGCACAAGGAGCUGCCUGCUAGCAGGUGGAUUGCUGCUUUGGAGCAGAGAGGCAUUCGGGAAAUUAGCAUUGUGGGGGAUUCCCAUCAGCGGUUCUUAGCGGUUCAUUUGUACUAUCUGCUGACGGGGCAGGUGGAUAUGUGGGUGAAGAAGUGGCGGGACAAUCUGUUUUAUGUGGCAAAGGAUGAAGAGGGGAGGGAGCUGAAGAUUAACUUUUACUGGAUCGAUGGGGUCUACAGGAAUGGGGAGUUCGGAUGCAGGUUUCGCGGCUCCACAACCCAUCGGAUGACUGAAUUUCCCAACAUCUCAACCACAGCUGACGUCACUCUCUUUGAAGGGGGCUACUGGGGCGCGUCCUUUUGCCGGGAGCCUCUUAAAGCCCUCCGGGUGUACCUGCGCGAGUUUGUGCGCUGGGGCAUUUCCGCCGUUGCGCCCGGAAAAGGCCGGGUGGUUUUCCGCACUAUCCCCUCGUUUCCGGUGCGAUGGGACUCGUGUAAUUUUUACACCGGCCCGAGAACGAAUCGAGCAGGCAUGGCUGUGAACGCGCUCUUGAAACGAAUCGUGCUUGAGGAGUCCAGGAGAGGCGACUCGCGUACAGGAGAGGAGCGCACGGGAGAAGGGGGGAGAGGGGAGGGUGGAGGGGAGGGUGAAAGGGAGGGGAUGGCUUGGGGGGACCUGGACGAGAGCUUGCAACGGCUGCCUGGUGAAGGGUUGGAAAGAGGCUCCUAUGGGGGAAGCAGAGGAGAGGGUGGAGGAGGGGAAGGGGUGGCUUGGCAGGAUUUGGAUGAGAGCUUGCAGCGGCUGCCUGGUGAAGGGCUUAUCGGCGCGCCUCGAUACCUUGACACGGCUAUCUCCGGGGACCAUCACCACUGCUCGUACGUGGUUGCAACGAGCGGUGGGGAUGCGGUGGUGGGAGAGGUGGGGGAGGCACAUGUGAGGGCGUUCAUCCACUACCUACUCUACAUCCUCCCGCCACCUGACAAGUGA